GUGGGGGCGGGGGAGGAUGUCCCCUCCGCGUCGUUAAAAUGAAACUCUAGUGGCUGGAGUCAGGGCAGAGCGUGAGGGGAGCCGGCGCAGGCGGGCCUGCUCGCACCCCGGCGGGAGCGCCCGGCUAAGCCGGGCUGACUGAACUCUCUCCCACAGCCCUGAAUCCCGAGGCUGCGGCAGCUUCGGUUCGGAGCCCUGAGGGAGUUGCUCUGUGUAGACCAUUGGGUUCCCGAAACUUGAACGCAACCCUCCAUCCUUUUUUUUACGCCUGCCUUUGUCACUUCCCUAGCUUUCUCCCAGCGCGUUUUUUUUUUCCUUCCCUCUCUAGUCUCCCUCCGAAGGACCACAAAAGUGGCUUCCGCGGAAAGAUUCAGAGGUGGCAGGAGAUUUUUCUUUGGAGAUACGACUGAGUGAAAAGAUUUUUGGGAAGCCGUUUUUAAACACCCCCGACCCUCGAGCCUCUCUCUGUGUAUCCUCUGAGGAGAGAAAAAAACACAAAAAAACCCGCAGCUUGAAAGUUCGAGGGGCAUUUUGCCGGGUGCUGUGAGAGGAGAGAGGGAGUUGGCUGGACUUGUACCGGUCGUUGGAAGCCCCGAGGUCCAUUUCCGUGUGGAACUUUUACAGAUAUAUAUUUUUAGAUUUUUAAAUAUCAGAUAAAAAUAUAUGCUUUCUAUAUAUUUUCUGACGACCUGCCCCUGACAGCGCGAUGUACAAUACGGUGUGGAGUAUGGACCGCGAUGACGCAGACUGGAGGGAGCUCUUCCACCAAAGCCACCUAAGCCAAUGACUUCAGCAGUUACAAAUGGAAUGAAGGACAGUUCUGUUUCUCUUCAGGAUGCAGAAUGGUACUGGGGGGAUAUUUCAAGAGAGGAAGUAAAUGACAAAUUACGAGACAUGCCAGAUGGUACCUUCUUGGUCCGAGAUGCCUCAACCAAGAUGCAGGGGGAUUAUACUUUGACUUUGCGGAAGGGAGGCAAUAAUAAGUUGAUAAAGAUCUAUCAUCGGGAUGGUAAAUAUGGCUUUUCUGAUCCUCUGACAUUUAAUUCUGUUGUGGAGCUCAUUAACCACUAUCAUCAUGAAUCUCUUGCUCAGUACAAUCCCAAACUUGAUGUGAAGCUAAUGUACCCAGUGUCCAGAUACCAGCAGGAUCAGCUGGUAAAAGAAGAUAACAUUGAUGCCGUAGGCAAAAAACUACAAGAGUACCACUUUCAGUAUCAGGAAAAAAGUAAAGAAUAUGAUAGAUUAUAUGAAGAGUAUACCAGAACAUCCCAGGAAAUACAGAUGAAGAGGACUGCAAUUGAAGCUUUUAAUGAAACAAUUAAAAUAUUUGAGGAGCAGUGUCAUACACAAGAACAACACAGCAAAGAAUAUAUUGAACGAUUUCGCAGGGAGGGGAAUGAGAAAGAGAUUGAACGCAUUAUGAUGAAUUAUGACAAACUGAAAUCACGUCUAGGUGAGAUUCAUGAUAGCAGAAUGCGUCUUGAGCAGGAUUUGAAGAAACAAGCUUUGGACAACCGAGAAAUAGAUAAAAAAAUGAAUAGUAUUAAACCUGACCUGAUUCAGCUGCGCAAGAUCCGGGAUCAGCACCUCGUGUGGCUCAGUCACAAAGGAGUGAGACAGAAGCGCCUGAAUGCCUGGCUGGGGAUCAGGAACGAAGACACGGAUGAAACCUAUUUUUUCAAUGAGGAAGAUGAAAACUUGCCACAUUAUGAUGAGAAAACCUGGUUUGUUGAGGAUAUCAAUAGAGUACAAGCAGAAGACUUGCUUUAUGGGAAACCCGAUGGCGCUUUCUUGAUUCGUGAGAGUAGCAAGAAAGGAUGCUAUGCUUGCUCCGUGGUUGCCGACGGCGAGGUGAAACACUGUGUGAUCUACAGCACGGCACGCGGCUAUGGCUUCGCGGAGCCCUACAACCUGUACAGCUCGCUCAAGGAGCUGGUGCUGCACUACCAGCAGACAUCCCUGGUGCAGCACAACGACGCCCUCAAUGUCAGGCUGGCCUACCCCAUCCACGCACAGAUGCCCUCACUCUGCAGAUAAAGGGGCACGGGAGGAGAGGCGGCUCGUGAGCGUGUUUUCUACCAUUUUUAUUCGAAUCCGAGGAGGGCAUUCUUUCUACGUAGACUGCUUGUUUUGCACAAGAAGUGAUUCUGUGAAUGUGAAAUGGAGAGGCCGAAUGGCAGCCGGCCAGGAUUGGGGGGCCUCCAGGGCCUGGGGUUUGGGGAGCCUCAGCUGAGCUGCUGCACACAUACUCAGCUGGAAGUGGAGGUGGCUUGUGAAAGAUCUGUUUCUUUGGGAUUUUUGUUUUCAGUUAGCCAGGCACCCUCAACAGAAUACAGUGAGCUUGACGGGGUGGGGGGUGGGACUUGGGGGCUGCAGGGUCUCUGGCCCUCUUGGGCAUCAGCUCUGAUGCCCCAGGGAAUGGGUCUGUGGGGAAUUCUGUGUUGCUCUAACAGCCUUCCUCCCCUCCCCCCACAGAAGACUGUUGGCUUCUGUGGAGAACGGGGUUUGUUGAAACGACAACCAAAGGAAAGGGGGAGGCUUGGAUUUCGUGCAGAAUCUCAGCCCCCAGGGGAGCACACGUUUGGCUGAAGGCACUUUCUUCCUCACCAACACAGCCGGGGCUUUGGCGUCUCACUAGGUCCCCCCUAGCACGCACCACGUUCAGACUUCGUCCCAGCAGUAUUGGUGAUGAGGGAAGCAGCUCUGGUGGCUGAAUGCACGUUUCUAUACCAAAACUUGAAAAAAGACAACUAGAAUCUGUGAGUUUCCGCAAACACUAAGAUUGGUCAGUGAACUCCUUCUGCCCUUGUUUCUCAGCAUUUUUAUUGUUGUUUUUGGUGGGAAUGGUGAGCUUUGAAUCCUAAAAUGAAGUUGGUGCUUGUGUGGUGUUUACUUAGCCUAAAGAAUGAUCUGUUGUUUGAAACCUUUGUAACUUGUUUGAGUGAAGGUGCAAUCCAGUGCUUUUAGCUGG